AUGAAAACCCUUACCAAACCUGCUGACCUUGUUCACGUUCCUUCGGAACUCGUGAUAGAAAUCUUAAUGUGGCUUCCGGUGAAGACCCUCAUGCGAUUUAAAUGCGUUUGCAAGUUAUGGAAAUCACUAACUAAAGACAAAGACUUCGUGAAACUACACCUGAAGAGAUCGCCCAAAAACAAGCACGUACUCUUCAUCUUAAGAAAAGCCACCUCUGCCCACCGCUUCGCUGACUUCAUUGCCGCCGUCUCUGCCUAUGGCCCCGCUGACAUCAUUUUCAUUUCGCGCCCAAUGCGUCCUUUGUUCGAGGACCCGUCGUCCAUGAUUGAUGAUGGGGGGUGCCUCAGUUCGGAGGCCAUGUCUGUGGUCGUUGGCCUAUGUAAUGGCUUGGUCUGUUUUCUCAGCCAUCGUGUUUGUACCACCGUGUUCCAGCUCUGGAAUCCAGCCACAGGCUUGUGGUCGGAGAGCUCACCAAUAGUUGGUAUCCACGCCAUCAUCGCGGGCUUUGGAUUUGGCUAUGAUGAUUCAAGUGACACUUAUAAGGAGGCAUAUAAGUCUUUUUCAUUGCCUGAGGGUACUAGUGCGAUGUCUCAAGAUGAGACACCGACAGACCUUGGGAUUUUGGGGAAUUGCCUGUGCCUUUUUCAAAACUAUAAGAAAACCGAUUUUGUUGUGUGGCAAAUGAGAGAGUAUGGAGUUAGAGAGUCUUGGACUCGAUUGUUGAGUGUCAGUUAUGAACAUCUUCAAUGUGAUGGCUAUGUGCGUCAUGUGUCAUUUAUGUGCUUGUGUGAAGAUGAUGACAUCCUAAUGCUCUUAAAAUAUAGGGGUUUUGAUGCUAUCAUGUAUAAUGCAAGAGAUAAUAGUGUGAAACAUGUUCAACUUCCCAACAACAAACGACGUUGGUUGAAUAUCUAUGGUUAUGUAGAAAGUCUAGUUUCACCUUAUUAA